UCUGACAUUGUCCCGCGCACGAUCCUACAUGAACAACAACGAUUGCUUAGUUCCUUCGCCUGUCCCAUGGACGAAUUAUAAUACUACUACUACUACUGAACAACAACGGAACACAAAUUACGUAUCUACGUAAUUUGUGUUUUUUCUUUAUUUUUUUGUUUAUGUAAAAAUAUGUUUAGCGCUAUUUUUUGGAUAUUCCUAGCAAUCUAGCAUUAAGAUGUCUUCUAACAUUUACCUUACGUAUCGAGUUGGCAACACUAAUUGUUAAUCUGUGAUGUUUUUAUUAGCGAGGGUGCUGAGUGAAAUCAAGUGAAAUUGAUGUUUUGAGUUUUGCAUUUUGCCGAACCAGCAUUAGUAUAAACUACGAUAAGUUGAGGUUAUUUAUAAAUAACUAAUAGUAUUUGUGUUUCAAUAUUCUUCACGAUGCUGAUUAAAGUCAAGACUCUUACUGGAAAGGAAAUAGAAAUCGAUAUAGAACCAACUGAUAAAGUAGAAAGGAUUAAAGAGCGAGUGGAAGAAAAAGAAGGAAUACCUCCACAACAACAAAGGCUUAUAUUUUCAGGAAAACAAAUGAAUGAUGAGAAGACUGCACAAGAUUACAAAGUACAAGGCGGUUCUGUACUCCACUUGGUGUUAGCGUUGCGAGGAGGAGAAUGAUCUGUCAUGUGAUAAUAUGCUUUUCAAUAUUUAUAACUUAUUAUUAAAUUUUUUCUUAUUGUAUAAAGUUGGCAUGAUGCUAAUACUGUAGCAGUGUGUUUUUGUUAUUUUGCAAUAUCACUGGAAAGUAAGUUUUCUUUCAAAACAUGGUAUUAUGUGGGACUGAAACUAGC